GAAAAUUCCAUACAACUAAAAAGAUGAUGAAACAACGUCGUUUCCCGAAAAAACGUAAAAUUAAAGCCUAGUUUUUAUAUAAAACAAAUUCUCUUUUAUUUUCGCUCAUUAAAUUUUUUGAUUUUAUUUAAAUCUCUGGAAUCGCAAAUCCCAACCUUAUUUAAGAAGAAAAAGAAUUUCUUUCACGGAAGACAAACAUCAAGCCAUGGCCAACAGCUCCUUCAAGUUUGAACAUCCUUUGGAAAGAAGGCAGGCAGAAUCUGCCCGUAUUAGGGAGAAGUAUCCUGAUAGAAUACCAGUUAUUGUGGAGAGGGCUGAAAGAAGUGACAUACCUGACAUCGACAAAAAGAAAUACCUUGUUCCAGCUGAUCUGACUGUUGGCCAGUUUGUUUAUGUGGUUCGAAAGAGAAUAAAGCUCAGCGCUGAGAAGGCUAUAUUCAUCUUUGUCAGGAAUGUUUUGCCACCCACCGCUGCCAUGAUGUCAGCAAUUUAUGAAGAAAACAAAGAUGAGGAUGGUUUCCUGUAUAUGACCUAUAGCGGCGAGAACACAUUUGGAUUAUCAAUGAAGGUACAGUGAAGCUAUGAUCAUGGAAGCUCUUAAAAAGUUCAAGACAGCAAUGAAUAGAUGUAAAUUCUUGGCUUUCUGCUCUAACCAUGGAUAGAAAAUGCGUAAAACUCCAAAAUGCUGCUCUUUAAAAUUCUGUAUGUAUGACUGCUUUUUAAUCUUAUGCCAUGUAUGCGGUUCCUUCUUAUAUGAAUCCACUGGUUGAGCAAAUUAAGUUUUCA